AUGGCAUCUGCGGACAAACUUGAUAAGCCUGUCUCCUUUGGCAUGCAAGUUGUCGACCCGGAGUACAAAAAGAAAAACAACAUCCAAUGCAGCGGUCGAAAACGUUGGUGCUUAUUGUUGAUCGUUCUGCUGAUUAUUGUGGUUGCUGGUGGUGUUGUUGGUAUUCGUAAGGCGAUCCAGUCUUCGGAAAGUUCAGGUCAGUAUCUUAAAUGAUUUUUGCCUUAGUUGAUAGCGGAUAGAGAACCCUAAUACCUUCCAUGCAGGCAUCAGACCAGCUCAGUAUAGGCCUAAUAUUUUGUAUCUAAAAAACUGUUUGAAGGUCAUAUAAUAGUUUUGUUUGUGGAAACACCACGUACAUUUAUUACUGCAAAGCUUUCGAUCCGUAAGCCCGGAUCUUCAUCAGUACUAAUAAUAUCACUGAUGAAGAUCCGGGCUUACCGAUCGAAAGCUUUGCAGCAAUAAAUUUACGUGGUGUUUCCUGCACAAACAAAACUAUUAUAUGUUUUAUCGCCAUGCAAACAUACAAAGAACUUAUGUUUGAAGGUCCUUUGCAUGUUAUAGACUUUAAUCGGGAGCGAACUCUAAAAGUUUUGAAUAAAAGAUAAAACUUAAUGUUGGUUUGUCGGAGAAUUAGUGCACUGAUUCUAUACUAAGACUGGCGAGAGUUUAGCAAGAGCUUCGCAAAAUCGUUCAAAACCUCGUUCAAAACAAGCGUGUGUUAUAUACAACCAUGUCAUUGUGUUUUGAAUUUCCUUUACAUCUUACAGGACAUGUUUAUUAUUGAAACUGAACUGAAUUAAAAGCCUUUUUGCGUUUAUACAUUCUUUAUUUUUAUAGGAACAAGUAAACAGGAACAGAGUUCGUGCUAUCAAACGAAAUGUACAAGCACGCCUACCCUUGUCACAAAAGGUAUACCCUGUGUGGCCCUGCUGGGGGCAAUAUGCAUGUCCGCUCAUCUGAAUCGUUGGCAUGUCGCUUUCGGAAUUUAGACUAAAUUAUACAGAGUUUUCGUCAAAUGUCGCUGUUUAAUUUUCAAUGUCACCAUUUCAAACAAAUUUUGUCUGAUAGGAUUUACCCUAAUAGCUAGGGUAAUUUAUCCUAAUAGCUGAAGGUUGGUUUAAAAUGUUUGGAAUGUUGUUGUUCUGUUCACAAAAGUCUAGAAAUGUCUAGCAAGUAACAAAGCAGCAAUUAAACUGCUGUGUUACAUUGAAAUGUGCGUUAUAAAAGCAGGGCGAUACGGCAUACGGUAAAACAUGGACUGGACUGGACUGGACUGGUAAAACAUGGACUUGGCCCUUUUAGAAAAAAAUGUCAUCAAGUUUAGAAUAGUGUCGGAUUAAGAUUAGAUUUAGAUUAUGUUAGAGUUGGGAUUGGAUUAGGGUUAGGUUUAUACAACCCAACAAGUUAUUGCAUACAAUCUGUUUACAAUUGCAAUAGAGCAUUGGUUACAACGUGCGGAACGGCUGAACCGUGAGCUGGCCCUCCUUAUUAGGUGCCGUGUCACAGAAUAAGGCACACAGAAAGUCGACUCGAGUAACCGCUGCCACGCCAUGAUUCAUCAUCAAAAUGCUGACGCCAUGGUCCUAGCCAGUGCGGGUUUGAGAGGCAUUCCCCCCUCCUGGACGUUCGCCAUUUUGAAUAUUAUCAGGGGGUGAAUGGCUUGGACCCAUGGCGUCAGCAUUUGAUGACGAAUUACGGGUUACGACAAAAUCAUAGGAAAAACAUAGGAAAAACAAAGAAGUCGGCCUUCUGUGUAUCUUAUUCUGUGGCCGUGUGUUGCAAAAUUCACACAACACAAAUUAAAAUAGAAAACAUUGUUUCAUAACAUGUGAAAUACAUACGGCCUGGUUGAAACGUAAACGUAUUGUACUGAAAUGCUCAAAGUAAGCGCUGAAAUUACUGAAAAUCACUCUUAGGUAGGGCCUGUUUAUGUGGAAGCCGGAAUUUUGUUAUUUUGAUGUUGUUUUGACAGUAAGUUAAAAACAAAUUGCGGCGGUAUCUUUGAACUUUCAUCCCGGCAAUUGGGCUAGCCGGCAUGUUGUAAAACACGGACUCGGCUAGACUGGGAAAACGCGGACUGAGUCCGCGUUUUACAAAUUGUGGCAACGUUUUUGUAAUACACGGAGUCGGGACUCAGACCAGUAUUGAUUUGUACCGACUCAAUCGUGAGAGUUUUGGCGGGAAUUGUGGUGGCAUAAUUCUGUGUAAUCAUAUUAUGGAGCUAAAGUUGGUAUAAAUUGCUAUUAUUUAUUUAUUGUUGUGAAUAAACAGAUGAACAGCGUUCAAUCUUAGGAACACGCUCAGCCAUGUGGGACUUUGUGCCACUAUUGUCGAGCAAACUUAUGCGCAUGCAUAUCAAAUGUGACGCUAGAUAUGUAUUGGAAUUUCGGCGGCGCUGUCAUCAGAGAAAACGGCCUCCUUUCACCUCCGAGUUUGUGGGUUUGAUUCUCGCUACGGACUCAUGUGAAAAGAGUCAGUCAACGCUCUGCCGAAAGUCGUGGGUUUUCUCGGGGUGCUCCGGUUUCCUUCCACAGGGAAAGUUGACAGGGUGGGUUAAGAUAACCACAGUUAAGAAAGUAACAUCACAAUUUUUGUAAAUAUAUAUAUAGUCGAACCCCUAUAAGCGUACACCUCUCUUAAGCGGGCACCUCUUUUAAGCGGACACAUAUCUCAGGUCCCGUUCGUUUUCUUUAAUAAAAUACUAUUAUCAUAACCCCUAUUAAGCGGACACCCCUCUUUAACGGACGCGGACACCUUACUUGAGGUCCCAAUGGACAAAUCAACCUCUCUUAAGCGGACAGAUGACAGACUGUCUGAUAAAAUGCAUUCAAUAUUCGACAGUAAAUAACAAUUGAGAUCAAUUUACAUGGCACAAUUUAUGACAGUGACACACCAAUUUGGCGUGAAGACAUCAGAGACACGAUUAUCGAGGAAGUGACGAACGAGGACGGAGGACUGUGAACCGCCGCGCCAACCAAGGAGCCGAAAGAUAUGUGUCAGAUCACUGAUGAUGACAACGAACUGAACGAAGAUGAAUGAUGAAUUUGACUGGUCUCUUAACGAACCAGUCAUUAAAUCUUUCUCCGAAGCCUUAAAGUUGUCGAGCGGCUGGCAGAAUUCGCACAAUUUCGAUCAGGUUUGGAAGAACUUUCCAGCGCCAUUUUUGUGUAAAUGACAUUAUAAUGGGCUAUCGUUUGUGUGAGCCUCGAAAGCAAACUUAUAUCUAUUCCUUUUAUAUAUGACUGUGGCCAUGUGAGAGACAUAUACAUUUUCUAAUGAACUUUUAUGCACAAAGAAAUUUUCAUUUUAUGCUAAUUAUUUGCUAGAUAUUUUUUACUGUUUUGAUACCCAAAUUACACACCUAAUUACACAUCUUUGCCUCCUGCUGUGUUUUUCUACAUACCCCUUUUAAGCGGACACCCCUUUUAAGCGGACACUUAGGCGAAGUCCCGAAGGUGUCCGCUUAAUAGGGGUUCGACUGUAGUCUACACGCGUAAAAAUUGAGAAAAUCAACAACUUGUUCCAGGUUGAUAUCAACAGGCGUGAAGAAGGUUGUGCUGCCCACUACGACACUCAGGAAAAUUUUCCGCGGAAAGAAAAUUUUAUAAAAUGUGAUCGCGGGCCGACUUUUGAAGUUGAAAAUUUUCAACUUUUAACAAUGAUAUUGCCUGAAAAUUUUCUUUUGUCCGUGGAAAUUUUUCUUGAGUGGAAGUGGGCUUUUACUAGCCUAGUUCCUCGGCCUUUUCGCUUCCUAGGCCUUUACAGCAUUCCGUUGUUCAACUGUAACAACUUGGAACAACAUGGUUGACAACUUGUUCAUAGCUGGCCGCAACAUUGUUAACGCCUGUCGAUAUCAACUUGGAACACACUGACACUGCAUGUACGUUUUUAGCCGUGUAGGCUAAGUAAAUAACAUAAAUAAUCGCAAUAGUUGAUGUAAUCGUUCAAUGAAAAGCCCCAAUGCAUGGAGAGGGAGCUGAAUAAUAAUGUAAUGUAAUAAUGUAUCGACUCUAGAUAAUUUGCCAGCCUCAGAAAACAAGUUGAAACAAAAACUAUACGUAAUUCCCGCGGAACCACACGCAGAUUUGUCUCUUGUCAUUUGCUCUUACGCGCCGAACUCAUACCGUGAUUAACUGUGCAUGAAUUCAUCUGGUGCUGCAUGUGCAUGUGUACGCAGCUGAUCCAAGUCCAAGAAAAUUGCUUUAUGAGGGUUUGGUAGAAAUGCGGAUUGCGGACAAAUUAUUCCGAUGUGGCAAAAGUUGGGUUUUGGUCGUGAAUAUUACGUUGUUAUAAAGUCCGUGUCAAUGCCUGUAAUUCAUUUAUUUAUCCUUUAUUGGCAUUUUCGGUAUCCAAAACAAGUUUUACUUUUAUAAGUUGUAUUAAUUUAUGUGCUUGGUACAAAAAAUUAAACAGUAUACACCAUGAUUUCGGGCUUCAAUUAGAUAAAAUAGUUACACCUUUUCUUUUGCCUGGUCUUGGUAGAGACCACGCAAAAAUUACUAGCCUAAAUGCCAGGGUUUGGUGUUACUAUAAACCCAUAUAUACGUACGAUGACAUUCAUUGGUCACAUAUGUAAACAGGCCAAAACCUUAGUUGUUAUAUGCAUUUCCCCUCAUUAUAACAUGAUUAUACAAUAAAAUAAUAGAACAUGAACUUAAGAUAUUACUAAUCGAAAAUCUUGGCCAUGGGUGAGUUCAGAUUAUUAGCUUACAUUGUAUUAAUUAACCGAGUUAUAGCGAGCGUACUUUUUAUCAUCAGAAAUUUAUAAAUUUGUUAUGAAAAGGUUCUAAUUUUCUUUUAAGGUUCAUCGGUGGAAAGUAUUUCACCAUCGAGAACAUCUUACCCAGUACCAACAAGCAGUGAGGUAAUCAUAGGUGAGUUAAACAACCAUUUUAAAAUAUCAUAUUUAUGAAUGCGUGGCAUGACUGGUACACUUUCUGCCGUAUAGUAUAGCCCUACUUAUCACCUUUUAACAUAAAUCCUCUGUUGAUCCAUGCACCAGGAAUUAUUUAAUUCAAGUCUGCUUUGGUCAGAAAGGUCGCGUGAGGUAUUAUCUACAGCAAAUUAGUUUGCCUUUGCUUUUUUGCUGCUAAAAUUGAUCUAUACUGUACAUUAUAGUAGCAUCAUAUCCGACAUUUAUGACAGUGAAAUAGUUGACCAAGAUGAGGUUUACAAAGUUACAUUUUAUUUCUUCUUGUUAUGACCCGAAUAUUGUAUACCAAAAAUUAUUAAAACCACUGAGUAUUUUAGCAAAAUACAAAACAAGUGAAACUCCAAAAAUUGAUAACAUUUUUAUUUAUCUAGCCUACGACUUUCGACUAUAUUUCAUUGAUCAUCAGGAUAAACUAGCUAGGUUAUACAUCAAAAGCAGUAUUUAUAUGAAGAUACAUGAUACAAUCAUUAGGUUAAUUAUUAAUGAAAUUAAUUAAAUAUGAUUAGUUUUUCAGAAGCUUUAAGUCCAUGAUUUAAGUCCUAAAAUUUAAUUAAUUCAUUAAUUAUCAACCUAAUGAUUGUAUCAUAUUUCUUCAUAUAAAUACUGCUUUUGAUGUAUAACCUAGUUAAUUUAUCCUGAUGAUGACUGAAAUAUAGUCGAAAGUCGUAGGCUAGAUAAAUAAAAAUGUUAUCAAUUUUUGGAGUUUCACUUGUUUUGUAUUUUGCUAAAAUACUCAGUGGUUUUAAUAAUUUUUGGUAUACAAUAUGUUAUCGAAAAUGUUAUCGAUUUUUGGGUCUUUUUUGUACAGACUUAGCCUAUAGUAGCCUGCAUGGCAGGCGGUCUAAAAUCCCAGGCUUGCCCGAUUUUGAGGACCGCCUGCCAUGCAGGCUAAGCCCAUAGGGGAGGUUUGUACAAAAAGACCGAGGUCCGAUAUUUCUCUGUACAUUCCAAGCAAGCGAGGUUAAUAAGAAGUUUAUUAUAUGGCAUUUAUAGGUAUUUAUACGUGAAACAAACAAGAAAUGCAUAUUAUAGUAGCGUGGUAUACAUUUGGUCAAAGAAAACAAAAAAUACCAAUGUAUUCCUUUUUUCCCACUAAAAACCAUUUGCAGAUAUCUUAUUAAUAACUGAUUAAGUACUACUGUUUAAUAAACGAGCAGGAGUGUUUUAUUAGGUUUCAAGUCACGAGCGCGGAGCACGAGUGACUUUAGACCUAAUAAAACACGACCUGCGAGUUUAUUAAACGGCUUCAAACACGACUACAAAUUCAAUAGAUUUACUGCCUUAUUAGUAUUCUUUAUAUAAAGAAUACUAAUGAGGACACAACUACAAUAGAUACUGCCUUAUUAGUAUUCUUUAUAUAAAGUAUCUUAAUUAGGAGUGUUUUAUCAGGUUUAAAGCCACUGCACGUGACAUAUUAUGGUUGACAUGACUUGCCAAUAAGCUUAUGAAUUAUUAAUGAUGUUUGAAAUUAUGAUUUUCAAAUUUUCAAUUAGUAUUGUUGUUUUGUUUUAAAAUGCACGCGGACCGCUGAAAGUGCUUCUCAGCCAAUGACAACCCGCCAUUUCACCGGAAGUGAUGCUUGCCAUAGAGAUUAUAAAUAACACUAGAGGAGGCAUUGUAAUCUUAAUUCAGUAAAAAAAAAGAGGGAACGCGACUAUUGGGGGGCAAAUUCAAGUCCCGGAUGUGCACUCGUGUUCCCAUUGGUGACGAGUUUCAAAUCAGCCAAUAGAGCACGAUUUUAUAUCCGGGACUUGAAUUUGCCCCCCAUUAGCUGCGUUCCCAAUUUUUAAACUCGAUGCCUCCUCUAGUGUUAUUUAUAAUCUCUAUGAUGCUUGCCAUAUAGUAAGUAAUAACUAGUGCAUAAUGCAUGUUUUUCAUUUAUCUCCAAUGAAAGAAACUUCGUGGUCCACGUGGCAGGGAUGGUCAGUGUGUUCUACAUCGUGCGGUGGAGGUAUGCAGACACGGAAAAGAAUGUGUGGAAAACCUAGUAUCCCAAAUGUUAUCGCGAAUUGUUUUGGCAGUAAUGUAUUGUACAGAAACUGCUCCACUUGGAAAUGUCCCGGUGAGUAUAGAAAUGGCGAUAUAUAUAUUUUUUCUUUCUUCCAAUCAUCGCUUUUCAUUUAUCGUUUCUGAUACAGUUUAUAAUUUAUAUUUCUCUACUAACAUAUCUGUGCAUACAUGUGGUAAUGUUUUUUUGAUUUCCUGCAAUCUGAUUGGUUGCGUGGGCAGGCAGCCUUUAACGAUAUCUUUCUUGUUCAUGGUCACUUUCGUGGUCCAUGCAAAAAGUUAUUUUUUAGCGAUACAUUUUUGUUUACAGUUACAAGGUAAACAAAGCGGUAGUUUGUUUUAAACCCGAAAUACUCCCACUAAAAUGCGAAGAAGCAAAUAUCCCUUUGACACAAACAACGAAGAAGCGUUGACCAGCACCACAUGUAUUUGCUCAGCAUAUUAUAUUCAGCUAUACUUCGAAAAAGACCAAAGUAUUAAAACACAACUGAUCUCAAGCGUAGUUCAUGCACAACGUUGCAAUUUUUUAGGAAUUUAAUUAAGAGGUUGGUACGUAUUGGGUCUUUGGUCUCAGGCCACUUCUGAGACCUCGAGAAAAAUAUUUUUCAGUACUGUACGGCCCCCUUCCAGCAGGUAUAUGUAAGAUAUAUGUAAAUAACUUGUUUUAUUCUUUCAGAUUGUACAAAACCGUGCUCAAUAGGUCACUUGAAUAGUGCUUGUGAUGCCUGCGUUUGUACCAACGUCACUGUAAAUGGAACUGUAAAGAAUGAGGAUGGUGUCCUUUUGAACGAUGCAACUAUAGCCCUUUCCGAGUUCCCCUUCAACAUUCUUGCCAGAACAAAUAUCGCUGGACACUUUAAGUUGCAAGGAAUUUGUAUUGCACAGGAGAAGAUCAUUGUGGAGCGAAACGGAUAUUUACCACAAGUAUUAAACGCUAAGAAGAUUGAUUCCACUACGUUCACUCUUUCUGCAAGUUUAGAAGCGAUAGGUGAUGAAUUUAUAUUAUUAUAUUUCGUCUUUACGAAUUGGGCCGUUCCAUUUAAUAUGGGCACCCCCUAUUGAGGGGUCCCCUUAAAAUCCCUUUAAGGUAUAAAAAAUUUGGAACCCCCUUGGAUGCAAUUUGUGGAAGUUACCCCAGAGAAUAUGAUUGAAAUAAUAUUGUAUUUAUUUUAAAGAAACUACUUGAAUCCCUUGAUCAUUGAUUAUUUAUUCUCACGAAGUUCUGUAAACCUUUUAAACGGCUUGGAGUCAUUAUAAUAUUACUGUACAUGACGUUUCAAGAAGUACAGAUGAUCGCCGACAAGGAACGCGGGCGCGAAAAGUCGAAGGCGACGGAAGAAGAAAGAAUUGAAAUGGUUGAAACCAUCGACGGGAUGACAUUUCAAAAUGCCUUAAAAUUCACAAUUUAUUUCUGUUUCGAAUAUUUUUUGGCAGAUUCUAUGUCUUUUCGGACAUAUCUUCAUAGCUGAUAUAGUAGAUUCAAAGGGGCCCUACAGUCAUUUUUUAGUCAAUAAAUAUAUAAGUAUUUUUGUUACUGUUGCUACUUGGCAUGCGCACCACGGCAUGCAUGCGUCUUCCGGUGUGCAGAAGUACUCAUACUCAUGGAUACUGCAUGUAAGAUACAGCCAAACGAAUCUCCGUGGAGUCCCCUACUUAAGGUGGCUUUUCGACUAAAAAAUGACUGUAGGACCCCUUUAAUACACGAUUGAUUUUUUCGUAUAUUUUAUAUGAAACGCUCAAAUGUAUAAUGUGUUAGAACGAUGUGUUUCAGGAGUAGCUUGUUUUCGUGGCGUCAAGCUUCCACGCUCCUAAAGGGGGAUAAUUAACAAUUAGACAACGAGGUCGAGUUGUUUAUGAGCAAAAAGUCAACGAGGCGAAGCCGAGUUGACUAUUUGUUCAUAGACAACGAGGCCGAGUUGUCUAAUUGUUUUAGUAUAAACUUUAACAUUAAUUUACAACUAGACUGCAAACACAAUACAAAAAUACACAAAAAAAAACAUUAUAAAACCAUUAAAGGUAAACAAAUAUUUUCAUUUUUGUUCGCGUAAAAUGUUUUACAAAAUUCAGUUUUAAUUUUAAAAUUUCAUUGAGUGUAUGUUAUUUUGUCUAUUUUCUUAUCCUUAAAAAUUGCCAUUCCAUAUUUCUGUUGCUUUUUUCGGGGUUUUUUAGUGCAGAAUUGUUCAACAAGUCGUCCAAAAAAUCAUCAGACACUUCGGCAAAAGUGCAAAACGCGAAUUUUCCGCCAUUUUGAAUUUUCUAUUAGUAGGCUAUCACUAAUAGCCUACUAGUAGCGUAGCCAAUCAGAAGGCACGAUAUCUGAUAGCCUACUAGUAGGUUUAUACUAAUAGAGGAUAUACGGGGAUAAAAUACGGCGAAGAAGAACCUCUGGCACCCAGGGUAAUAUCCGAGCCGUUUAAAAGGUUUACAGAAUUUCGAGAGAAUAAAUAAUCAAUGAUCAUAAGAUUCAAGUAGUUUCUUAAAAUAAAUACAAUAUUAUUUCAAUCAUAACUCACAGUGGGGGUCCCCCUCUGAAAUUGCAGGAGAACAAGCUACUCAUGGAGCGCAUCAAUCGAUGACUUGUUGAUGUUUCAACCCUUUAUUUUCUCCCUUCUUCUGCCACCUUCGCGCCCGCGUUCCUUGCUUAUUGGCGAUCAUCCAUACUUCGUGAAACAUCAUGCAUGUACAGUGAUAUCACAGAGAAGAGAUAGUACAGAGAGGAAACAGACACCUCGAUAACAUUGUGUCACGCAGGUUCCACGCGCCACGCAAAAUCUUCCAGCCAGUGCAGUCACUGAAAUUUCAUAGCAAUAGAUAGGAAAAACACCGUUCGAAAGGUGAAAAUCGCUUUUUUUUUAAAAAUGAAGUACCCAUGGAAAUUUUGUUCAAUAAAUUAUUGUAGAAUAACGGUAAGCGAUCACUUUUAUUGAUUUCCUUUUAUUAAAAGUGUUAACAUAACAUUUUAUUUUGCAAAAGUUUGUUUUUUUCCCUAUCUACUCCUUAUUAAAAUCGUGAAAAGCACUGGCUGGAGUUUCAGAUACUCAUAUAUAAAAAAAGCAGCGAAUGAUAUAAAUUCAAAGUAUAACUCUUGCAUUAAAAAACAUGAAAACUUCUAGAAUAUGUAUAGUUUUUUUCUCUACAUGGUCAAAAUUUAAUAAAAUAGUGAAUUAAUAUAAUUUUCUAUAGUUUAAGAAUGAAUAUGUCGGCGUGACAUAAUAUGCUGCGUGUUUCUUCUCUGUACUAUCUUUUCUCUGUGGUGAUAUUAUAAUGACUCCGAGCCGUUUUAAAGGUUUCAGAGAUCUCAUAUUUCAGAGUGUUGUCUAAAUAUCAAUUAAUUUCACUUGUCUAUAUAGUUUUCCCAGAAGUAACAGUUCACCCUGAAAGCAAAAUUCGUGUUGAAAAUCAAACUAUGACGUUAUGCUGCGCUGGUGUUGGAAAACCCGACAUUAAAUAUGAAUGGUAAGAGAGAACUAGCCACUAUUUGUGUGAAGUCAAUGAAACAAGUCUUUAGUUAUGAAGAUUAUUAGUCGGACUGACCAUGCAGUUUUGUUUGAUUUGAAGAGAACUUUCGAAGAGAAUUUUGGUUUGGCCAAGUAACUUGGGCCUAUAAGCAUUGAGGAAGAGUGUCGUUUUAUAUGGCGUAGUCAUAGAAUAACGUGAAGAGCUGGCCGGUGAAAACAAAAAGGCUUACGACCAGUGCUUUAUACGACAACCCCAUGUCUAGCCCCAAAAGCACAAUUAUCGAAUACCAACUAUAGAAAUGUGUAUAUAGUAAUCACUGAUAGAAAUUGAUUUGAUAUACAGUAAUUUCCACUCACAAAACCCUCCAACUCUGGGUCAUUUUCCCCACUUUUUAAUCUGGAGAAUCUAGAGUCUCGAAAGUUCCAUUCCAUGUACAUUGGGGACGAUUUUACAGAAUUAUGUCAGAAUGCGAAAUAGAUUAGCAAAUUGCCCGAACUGAUCUUUCAGGCUCUUUUUCAGGGAUUUUUUAGGACCGUUAAACGGCCCCAAAAACUCAAUCUUGAAUCGAGUUUUGAAACUCAAUCUUCUCACCAAAGUUUCAGUGCAGUAAAAAUGAAGUUGUUUGAGUUAAAUUCGUGACGUGUGGAAAUUAGUUUUCAGUUGGAAACCCGACAAUUAAGAAAAAAUCGCUGGAAUUCAUCUCACGCCUUCUUUAACCAGUUUACAGUGUCCCUCAGUGCCCCUGCUUUAACACAUUCAGUCUCAACAACAUUUAUUGAGUACACGUGUCAGCCCCCCGGUAGGGGGGGGGGGUUGCAACCACCCCAUCUGUUUAGCUAAACUCAAUCUUCUCUGCAAAAACGGACCCAAGAGAAAAUCCUGAAAAAAACUCUGUUUUCAAGGGUUUUUAUUCUUACUCAACAUGAAUUUCUUUUCUUGCCCUGAAAAGGAUCUUGAAUGGCCGUUCAGUAAGCGAGUACCGAGUACCAACAAGACGAGAGCGAAAGCAGUAAAUUAAUCAUACCUCGACUGCACAGAAAUAUGAUUGGAGAAGUAAAAUGCAGAGUGUACAACGACUAUGGAGCAGAAUUUUCUAAUGCCGCCAAAAUCAAAGUUAUUAGUAAGUUGAGAUUAUGUCAGGUAUCAUAAAGAAUGAGCAGAUCGGAUGCAUGCGAAUAAGUAAUAAAGUUUAUGUCUUUCGAUGAUCGUUAUUUAUGAAUUAUCAUUAUUCACGAGAAUUUAAAAUCAUGGCAUUACAAACCGAAUCUAAUGCUCAGUAAGGACUUAGCUAAACUUGUGCGCUGUUAAAACACCCUAGUAAAAUUUUACCAGGAAUCUUAAAUUAGCACCAACAGGAUUAUUUCUAAGUUAUUUAAGGCCAUUUACAAAGAACUUGAUAAAAUCAUGGAGUGAAAUAGCCCACUUUCCAUUCCCUCCAUAUCGUCCUCCAUUCCCAUUUCAUCCCCAUAUCGCACGGUGCUCAUGCAGAGGCGUGGCAAACUAAAUUACCUGCAUGGGUAUUCGUGCCUUCGUUACUGCAUAAGAGAUGCGAUAAUUUCAUAAUUAGCAGUAUAUACUGAAACAGAUCGCUAUCUAUAAUAAGUCCCUUGUAUAAUUUAGGUUUGCAUAUCUUAGUCACCAAAAGCUUUGCCGAAUAAAUAAAUGCGGUGUUCUUAUUCACAACACAAUAAAAAAACAAUACAGUACUUAUAAACGAUGAAGGCAGGUGUAGGAAAUUUUCCUUCCGUCAGUCCGAUUAUUUUUUCAUUUCGUGGCAAUUUUUUCUAAUUUUACAGCAAAAAACGACAGCUGCAGUGAGAGGCCAUCACAAGAAACGACCACGCUGCCGCCGGGGUGCGUUGAUGCAGAAACCAACUCUUCAAUCGUUGAUAUUGGACGAUGUGGCGAUGAAAGUUGCAUUUCAAACAGUUUGUUUUCUUCACACAACUGCUUUGACAAUUAUUGUUGCCAAUCCUUGGCGGAAAAGAGUAUUGUUAUUCGCUGCUUUGCCGGAAUUUCCUUUAAUAUAACACGCAUAAUAAGUUGUGGUUGUGGUCCCUGCUCACCCAAAGUGUCCACGGUAAACGGAAUAGCAACAGGAGGUCCAAACAAUCUUCCUUUCAAGUAUGGAUAUAUUUACCACGCUGGGAAAUACCUGACACAAGCUGGUAAGAAUGGAGAUUUUUUCUUCACAAUGCGCGGUGACCUAACACGCAUUGUUCUCAAUUUCAAGGGAAAAGAUAGAUACAAUGACUUUCAAGAUUUGACAAAAGUCGUAGCGGUUGUACCUGGACGCGAAACAUUCAUCAACGUUAGAAUGAAACCACGUCCUCAGCCUAUGUUAAUUAAUGCUUCAGAAACAAUUGAAAUACCCAUGGGAUCUUCAAACAGUAGUGAAGGACAAUCUGCCCCUGUAGUCCUAUCUUUGCCUCCACAAAGCCUGAUGACAGAAGGUGGUGAAAUCUACAACGGAACUGCAAACUUGGAAGUGAGUUUUACUGAUCCAAGAAAUGCAACUCAAGUCCAAGAAGCAGACGGAGAUUUUACGGCUGUUAGUGAUGACGGCGAGCAACAGUUACUCGAGACCUUCGGAGUGUUGAAAAUAGAUUUCACGGAUUUAAACGGCAAACCGUUGCAGUCAAAUGCACCCGUAGAUGUUAAUUUAGAUCUAGAUCAGUACAAUAUUACUGAAAAAGAAGCUGAAGAGAUAAAGCUGUGGUAUAUGGACGAGAAGACUGGACGUUGGCGUAUCAUGGAUUCUGGCUUGCAACCACACGAGUCUCGCAGGUCUAAAAGAUCGGGAAGAAAGUUUUACUUCGGAAAAAUUGAUCAUACCCUUUUCAAACGUCUUGUUAAUAUAGAUAAGUUGGGUAAUAUAUGCGUUGUGAAAAUCAUAGUGGAUAACAACGCAUUUGCUGCAACAUCACAAUCAGUGAAAAUCACAGCAGUAUCUAGGCAAGGCGGACUGAAUAGAUAUUAUGACUAUUCUAUGUCGGCCGGAGCAUCGUCGUGCAUACUAACAUUUUGUCGAAAUCUUACAAUUCAGGCCGAAUUUGGUCAGAAAAUUCUUAAACCCAAUGACAAUAACAUCGUCACCGCUUUGAAAGACAACCAUGGUAUUACGUAUCACAAAUCUGAAAAUGCAGCGGAUCGAUUUAGCAAUCGAAUAACUAUACAAGAUAUUUUAAAUCCGACGAGUGGGGGGCCUUUCUUUAGAAAUUACAGGUCUUGCUCAGUUAGCCGGGAUCAAAAUGGUUUGAUAUUUGAUGUUUCUAAUCAAGGUGGAAGUGGUAUUUCGACUGGAGACAUUAAAUGGCAUAAAAAGCUGGAACUAAGCGUAUGCUAUGUAAAAAUUACCACAGAGAAUUCUUGUCGCAACAAAGCAGUAUCGUUUCAUGUUAAAAGUACUGAUGUUUCAAAAAAUCCACACGUUGAAGAAGGUUUCACGAUAGUUUCGACAGCAAAAUCACAAAAUAUUUCAACUUGUGCCGAAUUCAAAUGUCCAGCAUCAAAGGCGAGAGGUGUGCUCGUCACCAUCACUCCACUUGUAGAUGGACGGUUCAGUGGGACACAGGAGUUUAUAAGGAUUCAUACAGAAGGCGGAUAUAACGUAUUUGUUGGUAAAGUGGGCAGCUUUAGGCCAAUAUACAAACGAAAUAAUCUUCAAGUAGGAGUAAUUUACUCGGGGAAUAGAGGUGAUGUAUCACAAAACACAGUUUUUCACGAUACCCUGAGAGAACAAGAAUGCGAAGAUGCUGGCACGACUGCUGGUUUAAGCUUCAAUUGUGCUUAG